GAACCUUUAUGGAGAGCCGCUGGAGAAAGGAGGACUCUUUAUGGGUGAACACCAGCAGUUUCCGGUAAAAUUUGUUUUGAAUUUUUGUCGAGCCACUGACAGGGACUCAGACUGUGGAUUUCGGAAAUGUCCACGCUGUUUCCGUCGUUGCUGCCCCGGAUAACGGAGUCUCUGUGGUUUAAUCUGGACCGACCGUGUGUGGAUGAGACCGAGCUGCACCAGCAAGAGCAGCAGCACCAGACCUGGCUGCAGAGCAUUGCUGAGAAAGACAACAAUCUGAUGCCCAUUGGAAAACCAAUUUUUGAGGCAGGCUACGAAGAGGAGGAAGAAGAAGAUGACGAAGAUGAAGAAGACAGCGAGGAAGACUCAGAAGAUGAAGAGGACAUGCAGGACAUGGAUGAGAUGAACGACUACAACGAGUCACCUGAUGAUGGCGAGAUAAAUGAGGUGGAUAUGGAAGGACCAGACCAAGACCAAGACCAGUGGAUGAUUUAAGACAAUACUGGUUUUCAUCAGGCUGGCCCUGGGUUUCCACUCCAUGCUUAAAAUACAACUGCUGCUCUUCAGUCUCUGACAUGUUUUUAUGUGUGAAAUUAGUGAAAGAACAAUGCUGAAGAAUCACCAUAAGAUACUUUGAGAAAUCAGUGCAUUUUUUCUAACUUCAAUUUAAUUACAAUUGACAGUGUGUGACUGUGGAAAAUACUUUAAACCAAUCAAAGUGGCUCCAAUUGUGUGGUGCUCUUAAGUAGUGUUGUUUUUGUAUCAAGUCGGGAAAACCUUCACGCAGUGGUAGCAGCAGGCCCACUGAUCCGUUACGUGAACCUUGAACUUUUGCUAUCUACAGUUAUGCAGAGCAGCGUCUGCAACCAGCAGACUAAGCAUGACCAUAACGUCAAGUCAGCAAAAUAACUUAUUGACCUAUGCAAGAGUCAUCCAGUUGCUUCACCAUAUAGUCCUGUUCUGUUUCCCAGCAGUGUUUUGUAUGUUACAGAAAUGCCUUCAGCAGAGCAUUCAUAAAACCCCAGGACAUGUAUUCUGAUCAGACACUUUUUAUAUUUUGAACUAUGUCAGAAGCAAAAGCUGCUAACAGAUAUUUAAAUAUGAGACACGGAGUUCUGUCAUGGUUAUGUUGUAGAAUAUUUAACCAUGGCAUUCUCUACUUCUGCUGAAGUUGUAAAUUAUUUUAACUGAACCAUGUUUCUGUUUUUGUGUAUUUGAAUUUAUUAAUAAAAUCUAACAAGAUGUGA